AAAACUUUUCCAUCUUAAAGUUUGCAGUGUCUUUUCCUUCUGACUUUCUGCAAAUCUAAGGCAACUCUUAUGCCCCGUAUAGUGUCGUCUUGAACAACGUGAAGAGCCGCUUAAUUAAUUGGUUCUUCGACCUAUUCUCAGCUCCAGUCGUUUUCAACAAUGGAGGACGAGAAGAAGAAACCAAACCCAGUAAACUACGGGAAGCUUGCUUUCCACUACCUAAUCUCCAAUGCCAUGUAUCUCGUUCUUGUCCCUCUUAUCGCCAUACUUUUUUCCACUACUCAUCUCUCUGAAGAGGGUAAUUUCGUCCAUUAUUACAACCAUGAGCUCAACCUCGUAUCAGCAACUGCAUGCAUUGCAGUUACUGUCUUCCUCGUAGCCCUCUACUUCAUGUGUCGGCCAAGACAAGUUUACUUGUUGGAUUUCGCAUGUUACAAGCCCGACAAAACUCAAAUGUGCACCAAGGAGUUUUUCUUGAAGAGAUCUGAGCUCACCGGGAGUUUCUCGGAGGAAAGCAUGGCGUUUCAGAGGAAGAUAAUGGAGAGGUCAGGGUAUGGGCAGAAGACGUACGGAUCAAAGUCUUUGAUGGAGAUCCCGGGGAUAAUGAGCGUGGAGGAAGCUAGGAAGGAGGCGGAGAUGUUGAUUUUUGGAGCUGUCGAUGAGUUGCUAGCGAAAACGAGGGUGAAUGUUAAGGAUAUAGGGAUUCUUAUUGUGAAUUCUAGCUUGUUUAAUCCGACGCCAUCUUUGUCUGCCAUGGUUGUGCACCGCUACAAGCUCAGAGGGAAUGUUUUGAGCUAUAGCCUUGGUGGGAUGGGCUGCAGUGCUGGACUUAUUUCCCUUGACCUCGCCAAACGCUUGUUACAGGUGGAGCCGAACACCUACGCACUUAUAGUGAGCAUGGAAGGGAUGAAUCUCAACUGGUAUGGCGGCAACAACCGCUCAAUGCUCAUCACAAACUGCCUCUUCCGCUUGGGUGCAGCGGCGAUCCUCUUAACAAACCGAGUAUCCGAUCGCGGGCGUUCAAAGUACCAGCUCGUUCACUCUCUACGCACCCACAUGGGCGCAGACGACAAAUGUUACAAUUGUGUGUUGCAGAAAGAAGACCCAGAAAAACGACUCGGCGUCCAAAUCUCCAAAGACCUCUUGUCGGCUGCCGGCGAAGCCCUCAAAACCCACAUCACAACACUGGGACCCUUAGUCCUGCCCAUAUCUGAACAACUCUUAUUUCUUCUGAAUUUAGUUGGGAGAAAAGUAUUUAAUAUGAGAAUACAAAAAUAUGUGCCGGAUUUUAAGAUGGCUUUCGAACAUUUUUGCAUACAUGCCGGUGGGAGGGCGGUGCUGGACGAGUUAGAGAAGAAUCUUGGACUCACUGAGUCGCAUAUGGAGCCCUCGAGGAUGACUCUUUACAGGUUCGGGAACACUUCAAGUAGCUCUUCGUGGUAUGUGUUGGCUUACUGUGAGGCCGCCGGGAGGAUCAAGAGAGGUGAUCGGGUGUGGCAGAUUGCAUUUGGGUCUGGAUUCAAGUGCAACAGUGCUGUGUGGCGAGCAUUGCGAACCGUUGAUCCGGCAAAGGAUGAACAUAAUCCGUGGACGGAUGAGAUUGAUGAGUUUCCCGUUCCUGUGCCUGACGUGGCAUCCAUAGUUUAUUAGCUUCUCUUUUAAGGAAAAAUUAUGCAUGCACAUGCGUGUGUAUUUGUUCUAUGUUUUUUUGUUUUGUUUGCGACUAUGUAUCCUUCAUCCAUUAACAUAAUAAAUAAAUGCAUUUAUCUUAAUUAA